AGACUUGUUAUCACAGCCUUACUCGAUCGUUCGAUAAAAAACGUCUAUGAAUAAGGUGGUAAGUAAAUUUUCUACUUAUUUCUUUAUGCGGACCUGGUAAAGGAUAAAGGACAAUCGCUAGAUCACAACCAAUAACAAAACUAUUUCCAGAUAUCGAACGCGGUUGCAUUAUAAAACAUAAAAGCUUAUUUUUAAAGAGUGUUGUUUUAUUAAAAUUCUUCAAGAAUUUUUAUUUAUGUGGUUAUUUCCUAAAAAACCGAGUGGUUAAUAAAAAGGUCAAACUACUUAAUGUCAAUAAGUAUAAUUUGUAGGUAGGUAUUACGUAAAAGAAGCAAAGAGUGCCUUAACUCAGGUUUGCCUUUGGUCAGAUGAAAGUUGUGGAAUAAAAAGUGUAUGGCUUUUGUACUUAUGUCAUUCAAUAAUAACAUUUUUUAUAGGUUAACCAAUCUUGUACCUUUCGAGUUUCAAUACAUGCAACCAUGAAAGAUAUAAAUAUUUUAGCCAUGAAUGCACACUCUAGCUUAGGUAUAUUAAACUUUUAUCAAUAUUACUUUUUUUUUUGCACUUUCUCGAUACUUUUCGAUUAAAGUUUUUGAUCUAUGCAAGUUACAACAUAGUUACAUAGUUGUUAAUACCAUAACAACCUUCCUCAAGCAAUUAUUGCAGGCAUGAACACCUUGCUGUUCGUUUCCCGAACAACGUGUAAACAAAAUAUCCUGGUGACGUUAAAAUAUGUCAUACCAAACUACAUUUCGUAAAAAUUAUUAAAUUUGUACGAUUAUACAGCUCUUCUGCCAUGGCUACUAACAAAAAGGCAGGGUUAAUGACCACUGACUUCGAAGUUUUUGGCAAAGUCCAAGGAGUUUACUUCAGGAAACAUACUCAAAGAAAGGCCACCGAAUUGGGUCUCAAAGGAUGGGUGAUGAACACUGCCCAAGGAACGGUUAUAGGACAGCUGCAGGGCCAGCAAGGCGCCAUAGAAGACAUGAAGAAUUGGCUCGAAAAAGUUGGCAGUCCGAAAUCGAAGAUCGAAAAGGCUUCGUUUAGAAAUGAGUCGCCUAUCAACAAUUGCGCUUUUAGAAACUUUGAUAUACGUCGGUAAAACAUUGAAUUUUUAAUAUUAUACUUUCAAUUAUGCAUCACUUUAAAAAUAUUAUAUUAUUUGAGCUAGUAAAUUAAUAAAUGUCUUACAACCAAUCCUCCCUGUCGUAGUCUGGAACAGUAUUGAGAUCGUCUGGGUAAAUUAGUACGUUGUUGAAUUCGUAGCUGUAGGUUGUUUUGGAACAUGUUGGACAGCACAUGGGGCAGGAAAUUCCACCGCCUACCAUAUCCAGCUCUAGCUCUAAUGGCACUUGCUCUACAUCGGGUCGAAUAUUAAUUGAUUGUGCUGUAACAAAUGAGUUUCGAAUCCAAGUCUACUCUGUACUAGUUUUUGUUCUUUUCAUAAUUAUGCAUACAAUUGUCUAGAUUUUUGUAACGUUUGUCUUAAUAAAAAUAUUUAUAAACAUAAAA